AUGUCCAAUUCUUCCUCUCCAAGCCUAGAAAAAGUGCAAGCAUCCGACGAUGAGACGACCUACUCUCUCCAACAACGAGUACAUGAUCUGGAACACCUGCUCCAGAAGAAGGAACAACAACUCUACGAAAAGAAUAUGGAACUUGUCAAGGGCCAGAAGCUGAUGAACUCUCGUCGACAAAUCCAAAAGGAAAGAUUUCAAAAAAGAAUGACCAUGAGGGAUUGUACUUCUCCCAAACCCACAUCGGAUUUCGACUCAAUUAACACCACCGAGGCAUUACUGAAAAUGGCCAAUCGAUUGGAGCAGGCAGAGGAGAUAAUCAACACUCUUGAGAGCACGCUGACAGGCAAUUCCCUGUGGAUCUGUAACCACUUUACGUCAGAGGAGAUCCGGAAAUUGCCACUGGAGAGAAUGGAAUCCCUUUCGAAGAUCGCGAAUAGUGUAAAAUGCUAUGCCAGGAUUCAUGGAUACCAAUUUAUUCUGAUUAGAGAUACCGGACCAAAUGAAGCCUGUCAGCAAAAUGAGUUUCUAUUCCGCCGUCACUGCUUAACAGCUACCGUAAUCCAGCUAUACGAUAUCGUUCUGUUCCUGGACGCCGAUAUCGGCGUCGUGAAUCCGAAUCGAAAAAUUGAGAAUUUUCUAGAAGAUUCUGUGGAUUUAAUUUUCUAUGAUCGAUUUCAAAAUUGGGAAAUCGCAACAGGAAGUUAUCUCGCACGGAGCACGAACUUUGCUGUUGAAUUUCUGAAAGAAUUCGCCAGUUUUGAGUCGAAGUUUCCGAAUGGCACAAUUCACGGCUCAGAUAAUGGCGCUAUUCAUGAAAAAACUGAAAAUCGAAAUGUCCAAAAAAUCAAAAUUCUGCAAAAAGGAGAAUCCUGGGUCCGAGAUGGCUGGAUAACGAAUAGUCAAUGGAGUCUCCACGUGGAUUUCAUGCUGCAUGGCUGGAAGAUGUCGCAGCUACGCGAGACACCUAAUUGGGUCUUGAAACCCAUUCCAACAGCUCGAAAUCAAUGGUUCAGUCCGUUUUCCGGCAAAUUCCACUUGGAAAAAUGCACAGAAUCAAAUUCUACAUGGAACUACAACGUUAAACUAAUCGGAGACGUUGAGGAAAUUCAGAUGAGUUUGAGGAAGAUGGCAGAUGACGUGGAAGUGAUGAAAAAGAAGGCGUUGGUGAAAAUUAACAAUUUUUAG